UAUUAGCACCUUUUUGUGUUUGUCCUGCCCACGCUAUCUCACAAAGCUUCCUCUAUCAUUCAAACAUUUCUUGUCAAGUUUGGUUUCUUUAUUUCCUACUGUUGCUUGUCAUCUCAAGUUUCUCAACAUAAAAAAUCUGGGUGGUGGUUUCUUGUAAAUUAAGCAUAACCAUGGACACUGGAAGGAACAGUAACAAUCUUGGUGAAGUAUCAUUUUCUUGUUACCUUGGCACAGCAAAAGAGAAAUUCAUACAAAAGAUUACAGAAUCAGUUCAGUAUCCGCAUCAUUCCAUCACUUCAAGCCCGGAUUUUCCCUAUUCAAUAAGCUUGGAAAGAAGCAAGUCCGGGGAGGGUGAAAUUGGCGUUUUUGAAGCUCAGAAAUACUACAACAUGAGAUUAGAGGAUGGUCCAAUUAUUAUUGAUACUGCAACUACUCCUGGGAACAAGAAAGCAAACCAGGUUGAACUCCUCCGCGUUAAAACGAAGAGCAGGCCAGGUACUCCAAGUGUAAGUUCUGAAGCAAGUUGGAAUAGCCAAACUACUCUAUUGCCAUCAUAUCAGAGAAGCCUACCUCGAGCUCAAAAUAAGCCGAAAAGGGUACAUGGAAAGAGUAGUUUUUUCGCUGGUCUUAGCUGCCAUGGAUCUUGUAAUGAUAAGAAAUCAGUUUAUGUUAGUCCAAAUGUUGAGCAUGUUGAGGCAGUUCGGGGAAGAGAACACAAAAAAGAAUCUACUGAAACUGUUCACAGUCCUAUCAUGUUGGAUGGAAGAAAGCUACAACCAAGAUUGAAGGUGAAAGAUGACUUUCAUAAGCCAACUUAUGAAAAGAUGAGUACUACUACUAGUAUGGAAUCAAACAAAGAAGAGCUUGUUGCGAUCACAGUUGCAAAUCCAGCGGUUCAAAACCUGGCCAUUAAGAGACAGUUGGCAAAAGAGAAAAUCAUAGAAGAAGAGUCACGAAAAUCACUAGAGGUGUUUGGUUCACAUACCCUGAACAAGGAAGUGAUAGAAAUGAAUCUUGAGAGGAAACUGUCUAUGUUAAGUUGGGAUGCAAUUCCAAAGACCCCGAAACUCCCAACUUCUUCAGUAAGGAGCCAAGUGUAUGAAGAUAUAGAGAGUGAUGCUAGCUCUGAUCUCUUUGAACUAGGGAACAUAUCAGGCAGUGGAGACGCACUGUUCACAAGGGGAACAUCUGAUGGUGUACCUGGCUGCAUGUCUCCAACUCCUUAUGCACCAAGUGAGACCAGCAUUGAGUGGAGUGUUGUCACUGCAAGUGCCGCUGAUUUCUCAGCUAUCUCGGAUUAUGAUGAAAAAAAACUCACAGAAAAUUUUAAUGCUAGUCCUGGUGCAAGUAAAGUUGCCAAAACCAAAUCCAUGGUGAAAGAUGCGCAAAGUGGCCGUUCAAGCAAACUACUGGGUUGCAACAGUCAUAAAGCAGUUAGAGUAGCUGAAAAUGUUUACAGAACUAGUGAGAAGGCCAAGUUUCAUCCACAGCAACCUCAAAGGUCAGUUACCCACAUGCCAGGGAGGAAGCUACAAGCUGAUAUUGAUGAAAGGUUUUGAUUUCCCGUUAGCAAAAGAACAAAAUGGCUUUGCCUACGUGAAGUUGAAGGAGCAGUGUGUGAUCGAAGGUGAUUUGGUGAAAAUUUUAGCUGAAAGUUUUCUUUUCGGUUUGAAUUUUUAGAUAAUAAUGCAAUUAA